AGAAAAUUCCAAUUCAAUCACAAGCAAAAAGUGUAAAAAGAAAGAAGCACAGUCACCCUCUCUGAUUCUAUUCUUUUCCACACAACAAACACCAAUAUAUAAUUUAUAUAGCCGAGCGAGUAAUUCACAAAUUUAUUGAUGAUUGCAUAAUACAUAUUACCAUUUCAACAUCAAUAUUGAAUUUCUACAUACAUUUAGUCGAGUCCUAUUAUCUAUUAACCUUUCGGAAUCUUUGAUCUCCAAUUACUUACCUAUUAUUACUAUUAUUACUAUCUUUGAGACAAUAUGUUCAACAAUAAUUCGAGUGUUUCCACAAUGAUGACCACAACCACAAGUAGUACUACCUCUACUACUACUACAAGAAAGCCUCCUGUUGGUAAACCAAUUCUCUCCAAUACUUCCCUUGCCUAUACAAAUGUUGAAGAAUCUAUUGAUACGAGGACACCACCUUCUCUUGUAUGUAACUCACCUUCUUCAGUGUUUCAUCAUCAUGGAGGAGCAAAGAGACAACCACACAGAGAAGCCUUGGCCAAUAUUACCAAUUCUCAUGAGGUUCAACAUACCUCCUCUACAAAUGAUUUGAAUAAGAGAGUAGCACAAGCCAAUAAUUAUUCAAAUCUGAAAGUGAAUACUCAUUCUAGUUCUACUUUCACUACAUUAUCCACUGCUAGUACUAAUACUCAAUGUUCUAAGAGUUUUUUGAAUCCAUACUCCUCUGCCAAUGGUAAGACAAACGCAGCAGCAGUAGCAGUAUCAGUACACUCAAUGAUUCAUUCGAAUAGUGCUAGCAAUAACACUCAACAAUUUAACACUUCGAGCCAACACCAUACCCAACAAUAUACAGAGGAUCAACAAACAUUCGAGCAACAAGUUGAAUCCUCAUCAUCACCACUCAGUUCUGAACAAGAUCCAAAUGCCUUUAAUGAGUUCUCAAUGGAGGCCUCUGAUGAAAACUACUCUUCUGACGAAGAGAUGGAUGAAUCAGAAGAUGAUGGUGAACAACAAGCACCACCAAUCGAUCCAGAUAUCUUCAACUCUGUCGAUAAGAACAGGCUUCAAGCUAUUAUGGAUUUGAAUAUCAGAAAUCCAGCUAACCUCCUUCCAAAAAGUUCUUUGAGAACUUUAACACAAACUCAUCUUCCAAUCGAUGUGGAAGAUGAUAUUCUUUCCUAUUUAUUCAACAAUCAAAGUUACAAGCAAGUUUCUCCUCACGUUUGGCGAACAACUCAAAAGAAUGUCAAUGCCAAGAUGCGUACCAUGCUCGUCGAAUGGAUUGCAGGUGUUGCUGUAAGUUUCAAACUCUUACCUGAAACACUCUACCUUUCCAUUGACAUUUUAGAUAGAUUCUUGUGUAAAGUUUGUGUUAGCAACGUUAAACUUUUACAAGGAUAUGGUUUGGCUUGUCUUUUCAUUGCUGCCAAGUAUUGUGAAACUGCUCCACCUCCACUCAGACAAUUCUUAUUUGCUGCUGAUAAUACUUAUACAAGAGGAUUGAUUUUGAGUUUGGAGAGUGAGAUUUGCAAUGCUUUAGACUUUGAGUUGUGUUCCAUUCAAUCCUUUGACUUUGUUGAAAAGUUUUUGGAACUCAUUGGACAUGUUAACAAUGCCAGAAUCAAAUGUUUGGCCUAUUAUAUCUGCGAAUUGCAACUCCAAAACUUUGAUGCCCUACAAUACAACAAGAGUGGUAUUGCCCUCUCUUCAGUAAUUAUUGCCUUGUAUGUGACUGGUACUGCCUGUACAUUGGAGGGCCUCGUUGCAUGCUUGGGUGGUAAUACUGAUCUUGCCAAUAUCACUUAUAUCAAUAAUUGUGUCAUGGCUGUAUACUGUUAUUACGUUCAAAUGUCAAUGGGUGAAAUCCAACACAAUUUCAUUAAGGACAAGUAUGCCAGACAAUCAUUUGGUGGUGUGUCCACCAUUGGCUUUACCAGUCGAAUUUCUCCAAGUAUCAGCUUUUAAAAUAAAGAGCACUCACUGCAACAAAACAAUUUUG